AUGACAGGGACGGAGGGGGAGGCGUUCCCCAUUUCCCCUCCCACGGCGAAGGAGGUGGGCCGCAUCCCGGUGGACCCAUCGAGUCCUACACUCGAUACUGACGCACUUGCGGCGCACGACGACGACGUUCCGAGCCGUCUACGCGCCGCGCCACUCGCCGAACGAACGCGCGACGCGUUGCACGACGCGCCGAGCUCCGAUGCGUCUUUUGUAUUAGGAAAGCACACGAGCGACGCACCGUCGAGUGAUGUUGCAGCCAAGUGGAUGAAGCUCGAGGGCGGCGAGCGCAGUGACGUGAUUCUCGCGACGAGCGACGCAUUUGACGGCCAGCUCGAUGCGUGGGACCUGGACGACGCGCAGCUCUACUCGGGCGAGCAGCUGAUCCUCGCAGCGGACGUAUCGCCCGCACAUACCCCCGGGCGUCGCGUGCCCCAGACGCCGGUGGCGGCACUGCAGCGCUUCCUCGAGGACGUCUGCGCGCAAGAAGACGAAGGGCACGGCGCGCAUGUGCACCGCAUCGACGGCGACGUGCUGCUCCAGGCGCGCACGCUCCCGACGCUGUAUUCGAUGCUGCGGCGCUGUGCGCGCGAUACCGACCGCCUGCUGGAGCUCGGAGGGCGCCGCAGCGACGGCGCUCCGCAGACCAUUCUUGAUUUGGAUGCGACACUGCUGGGUCGCCUUCUCGACCUGCUCGAGCGGACGAUGCGCAACGCAGCGAGCCACUUUGCACCGGACGAGGCACUCGUCGCGAGCGUCGAAGUGUCUACCAGUGCGCUCCUCGGCGCCCAAUGUGCCUUGACGAUCCUCGCCUACGACGCGCUGCCCAAGUUUCUCUUUUCCGAAGAGCUCAUGGAACAGUGCGUCGCCGCCAUCAAGGAGCCGCUAGAGAAACUUGCCGUGCCGAUCGUCGAGGCGGCUCAGGGAGGGACUGGUACGUUUGCUGCGACGGCCACUGCACUACUGCAAGGCGCAGAGAUGCGCGAGCUGAAUACCCAUUUCCACCUCAUUUGCUCGACCUUGCUUCUGCUGGAGCGUGUGCUGAACACGUCGCUCGCCGUGUCCGACACACUGGUUAUAUCCUGCGUCUACCUCGCACUGACGCCAUUCUUUGUGCAGGACAAGGAGGUGGACCACAAGGCCCCGUCGGUGUACGCCAAAGCACAUGUCCUGCGCCCUGUGCGCCUCUCGGGCCUUAACCUCUUGCGCAGCAUCUUUGCGCACUAUCCGCAGCAGCGGACGUGGGUGCUGAGCGAGGUGCUUGUCUCGCUCCUGCGCCUGCCGGACCUGCGCGCACGCUGCCGCCAGUUUCGGCUGUCGAACGGCAAGGCGAUAUACUCGAUCACGGCGCUCUUGCUGCAGCUCGUGCAGGCCGCAUCCAUCGAAUCGGCACACAGCCACGAGCGCAUGCUCGCCUGGGUCGAGGGCGAGGCAGCCGAGACGGACGGCGCGCAGGACACACCGGCGCAGGCGAACCAGGCGGCAGUGCAUGCGCUCGCCAGCACCAUUGCCGUGUUCCUCUCUCAAAAGGCCGCACAGGCCAAGAUGGUCAAGAGCUCACAGGACCUGAGCUACGCGACGAUCGUCUACUGUCUCAUGGAGGAUUUGCUGACGCUCCUCUUUUUGCCCGACUGGCCAGCCGCGCCACUGCUUCUUUCGUGCUUCUGCCGAAUCUUUGUGUCGUUCGUACAGGAUGCCAAGAGCAGCGUGGAUGCCAAGGCCAUCGCGCUGGACCACCUUGGCGUCGUCGCUGCCCGUGUGCGCCUCGCACAGGACGAGAUAGAGGGGCGCAGGCGGCGCUUGUACGAAGCGCUCCUUCCGCUCGCACAGAUCUGUGCGGACCGCGACGAGGCGGCCCUGCUCGACGUUGAACACGCGACGUAUGGCGUCGUGCAGCGCCUAUGCAAAGGCCACGCCGGCGAACCUGGCAUCCAGGCAGCCAGCGCAUUCCACCUCGCGCAGCUGCGCUACGAGCUGCUCUUGGCAAUGCAGGCGCUGCGUGCAAAGGACGAACGGGACGAGUUUGCAGGCGUACUUGCCUCCGCCUUUCGCCGCGCGCCCCUCGCCGAAACGAGCAGGCGGGUCGACGCGGCGGUCGUUCCCCAGCUUGUGCUUGCGUCGGCCUUUUUCGUGACGCUGCCCAUGCUGAUUGCACCGCUCGUGCAGGGGGCGAGUGCACAGGCGCUUGCGACACGUACGCGUGCACUACGUGGCCUCGGCAAUCUCUCUGCGGUCGAUGUGGCGCUGUUGGACGACAGCCGCGUCCGCAGCGCCGUCCUUGCGCACGUCACCGACACGAGCGCGAGUGUGCGCGAGACGGCGAUCGCAAUCCUGGGCACGUAUGUUUUGCACAAACCCGAUGCUCGCACGACCUAUCGUGCUGUGCUUGCCGAGCGCGUAAAAGACGCCGCUGUCGGCGUACGCAAGCGUGUCGUGCGUCUUUUGCGCAGCAUGUAUACCCAUGACGAUGCAUAUGACGACAAACUCGACACGGUCGUGCGCAUUCUGCGCUGCGUCCACGACGAAGACCCUGGCCUGCAAGCGCUUGCCGUGCAGACGCUUGCCGAACUGUGGUUGCCGGAAUGCGUCGAGGGCGAUAGCUAUGUCGAGCCAACGGCCGUCGUCGCGCAGAUGCUGGCGGAUGUAGGCGCGCGUGUGCGCGAGCGGCCGUCGCCGCUCGAGGAAUUCCUCCGACGUGCGCACAAAGGCGAUACAAACGACGCGCUGCACGCACGGCUUGGCGAGCUGGUUGACAGCCUCCUGGGUAGCCUGUUUGCCGAGGAAACGACGCCGAGUGUCAUGCUCGACCGUAUGCGUGUGGUACAAGUGCUUGUCGCGACCUAUCCCGCGGUCCUGACGGUGAAUCGCGCAAAGCAGCUGCUCAGCUAUGUCGAAGGCGCGGAAUCGCCCGACGAAGUCGCGGUCAUGGAAGAAAUCCUACGUGUUUACCGCACGAGUCUUCCGCGCAUGCCGCGCACGGCCAAGACGUUUGCACACGCUCUCGAGCGCAGCCUCACGCCGCUCUUGAGCAAGUGCACGCUGCGCCCCGGCUCGGCGGCACUCCAGGAGCUCGUCGCGUGUUUCUGUGCAGUGAUUCGGCACCAGACGCAAAAUAUGGCGCUGUACGAGCGCACGUAUGCGACGUGCCUCGCGCGCCUCGAGGCACUUGCCGAGGCGACAGGCCCAGACACACCGCUUGAUCGGAAUGCCUAUUUGGUCAUGUGCAUCGCCGCGCUGCUGUGUGAACACGGAGCGACGACGCCCGAGGCCGCAGCGGUCGUCGGGCAUUUGCUGCGUCUCUUUGCAUGCCCCGCCUACAAGCUGCCAGCACUUGCUGCACUGGGCUACGUAUGCCGCGCGCACCCCGCCUACUUUUUGCACGCCCAAGUCACGGCCGCAUUCGACGGCAUCAUGGCCGCCGGAUUGCCUGCCGAGCGCCAUCUCGUCCAGCAGAUCCUCCUCGACUAUCUCCAUACCGAGGCGGCGCACUCUGCUGCGCCGUGUGAUACCCCGGUGAUCGACACGAGUGAUAUGAUUGGCGAGCUGCGUGGCACCGCGCGGCAGCACGAGGAUACGAGCGUCGCCUCGGCGCUGAUCCAGCGGUAUGCUGAGCAUGUGCUGCAGGCGACGCUCGACGUGCAGCAUCCCCCGCUGCAGCGCACCGCCAACGAGAUUUUGCAGGUGUCGGUGCUGCAAGGCCUGUCGCACCCCAUUCAGUGCAUUCCCUACCUGGUUGCGCUCGAGACGACGAGCGACGUGGCGCUGCGGCGCCGGGCCGUGCAGCUGCACCGCCACCUCGCGACGAAGCAUGCGUCGCUCCUCUCGGCGCGCUACAGUGAGCCGAUGCGCGCAUCGUUUGCGUUCCAGCAGGCGCAGGCCGCCCCCGAAGCGCCGCGUGGAUUCCGCGUCGAAGAAGGUGCUGUCGCGUUGCUCCAGACAUGGUACGCCAUGGUGCGAGAGCAGCGCAGUGGUCGAAACGCCUUCCUCAAAGCGCUCGUGUGCCUAAUGGAUGUGCACGAUGCGGAUGCGUGCUCUGCAGACGACGUCGCACUUGCCGUGUACGCUGCCGAGAACCUUGCGACGCUGGAGUACAAGCUGCUCGACGAGCCGAUGCAUAUUCUGCACGAGCUGCACCUAUUGCACGCCGACGUCGGCAUGCAGGUCUUUGGCGAGGCACGACGGCGCCUCGCGCAACGCAGCCCCAGCCCCCUUACCGACGAGGAGGACGAGGCGCCGGCGCCGGUGGCACAUUCGCUGGGCCUAGCGCGUGCCGCGGUUGUGGUGCACAUUGCGCAGACGCUGCGCUCGCACCUCAAGGUCAUGUACAAAAUUAGUGAAACAAAAAUCGCCAAGCACGAGAGCGAGCGAGCGACGCGCCCCGAGCGUGCCGUGCCUGCGCACCGUGCACUCUCGGACCCGAUGCAGGCCGUGCCCACGCUUGUCGUGCCGGCCCUCACGACCGAGGCGCAGGCGGCCGCGUUCCUCGAAGAGUUUGUUGAGACCAUCGAGGACGGCGCGGCAAGUGACUCGGAGAUAGAUUAA